AUGGCCAAAGGUUAUGCAACUGGUAUAUGUGACUACAUCAUCCAUACCCUACCACUUGAUCCAAUGCACCAAACCCUCAGCUGCUAUAUCACCAACACUUCUCAAUUCAUUGUCUCAGGUCUGAAAUAUCUAACAGGAGUUUGCCACUUCCUAAAAGACCUCUACCCUGACUUUAACACCAAUCAAAGGCAUCUGAUAGUCUAA